AGUAGCUCUGAAACCUGGAGCAUCACAAUGGGGCAGAGUCCAACCAUGGCCCUAGGUGCCUUUUUCCUGCUAACAGGGCUGAUCUUUUGUCAUGGUUUCAAUCUGGACACUGAGAGUGCAACAGUCUUUCAGGAAAAUGGAGCUGGCUUUGGGCAGAGUGUGGUCCUGUUCGAGCAAGGCCGAGUGGUGAUUGGGGCGCCCCUGGAGAGAACAUCGCCUAAGCAAACAGGGCAACUCUACAACUGUGAAUUUGGUACUAGGUCCUGUAUGAUCAUUCCCAUUGAUGUUCCCCCAGAGGCAGUAAACAUGUCCCUAGGACUCACUCUAGCUACUGGAGUAAAUCCCUCACAGCUUUUGGCCUGCGGUCCUAUAGUACACCGAACAUGUACAGAGAAUGCAUACAUAAAUGGCUUGUGCUUCAUGUUGGAUUCAAACCUGCGGAAGGAGAGCAAUUUCCCAGCAUCCCUACAAGAAUGUCCAAAGAAAGAGAAUGACAUUGUCUUCUUGAUUGAUGGCUCUGGUAGCAUUGGAAUGCGGCAAUUUAUGCAGAUGAAGAAUUUUGUCAUAACAGUGAUGAACCAGUUCAAGGGGACUGAUACACAGUUUUCUCUGAUGCAGUAUUCUGAUGACUUCUACAUACAUUUCACCUUCAAUGAUUUCAAGAAUAAUCCUGCUCCCCAAACCCUGGUGGAACCAAUUAUUCAGUUACAGGGGAAGACCCACACGGCCUCCGGCAUUAGAAAAGUAGUACGAGAACUAUUUCAGAAUUGGAAUGGAGCCCGGAAGGAUGCCACCAAGAUCCUCAUUGUCAUCACAGAUGGUCAGAUACAGGGAGAUAGUUUGAAUUACAGAGAUGUCAUCCCAGAGGCAGACAAAGAAGGGAUUAUCCGAUAUGCAAUUGGGGUGGGGAAUGCCUUUAAAACUUCAGAUGCCCGGCAAGAACUCCGAACCAUCGCCUCUGAACCACCCCAUGAGCACGUCUUUCAGGUAGAUAACUUUGAGGCUCUGAAGAACAUCCAAAACCAAUUGCAAGAGAAGAUCUUUGCCAUUGAAGGUACCCAAACAGGGAGCAAUAGUUCUUUUGAGUAUGAGAUGUCUCAGGAAGGCUUCAGCGCUGUAUUCACCUCUGAUGGACCUCUACUGGGUACAGUGGGGAGUUUCGACUGGUCUGGUGGAGGCUUUCUGUACAAUCAAAUUGAUAAACCCACAUUCAUCAACAUAUCCAUGCUGAACUUGGACAUGAGUGAUGCUUACCUGGGUUAUUCUGUUGAUGUUGUUGUUCAAAGAAAGACCCAGAGUCUAGUCAUGGGAGCUCCUCGCUAUCAACACAUGGGGAUGGUGGCAAUGUUCAAAAAGGACUUUAACACUUGGGAGAAGACAGCUCAUGUCACUGGGAAACAGAUCGGUUCCUAUUUUGGGGCAACCCUCUGUGCAGUAGAUGUGAACAAAGAUGGCAACACUGACCUGAUCCUUAUUGGGGCUCCUUAUUACUAUGAACGGAACCAGGGAGGGCAAGUGUCUAUCUGCCCCUUACCUCGUGGGAAGGCUAAAUGGAGCUGUACAGCUGUUCUUCAAGGGCAGCCAGGGCACCCAUGGAGUCGUUUUGGGGCAGCCUUAGCUAUGCUUGGGGAUGUGAAUGGAGAUAAGAUGACAGAUGUGGCUGUGGGGGCACCAGGGGAGGAAGAGAACAAAGGCGCCAUCUACUUGUUUCAUGGAACAGCUGGAUCCAGCAUCAACUCUUCCUAUAGCCAGAGGAUUGCUGGAUCUCAGUUCUCCCCCACACUCCAGUAUUUUGGGCAGUCAUUGGGUGGGGGGCAAGACAUCACCCAGGAUGGACUCAUGGAUGUUGCUGUGGGGGCCAAUGGACAGGUAUUGCUGCUCAGGGCCCAGCCAGUACUGAGACUGGAAGUGUCCAUGCAAUUUACCCCUAAAGAGUUGAUGAGGUCUGUGUAUGAGUGUCAGGAACAAGAGAAAACCAAUCAGGAAGCUGGAAUGGCCAGAGUUUGUCUUGUUACCCACAAGAAUUCAGUAGACCGACUAGGUGAAGUCCGGAGCUCUGUGACAUAUGAUCUUGUUUUGGAUCCUGGACGUCCUUAUCCUCGAGCCAUCUUUGAUGAGACAAAGAACCACACAAGGAGACGAAUUAUCACUAUAGGCAAGGACAGUAUCUGUGAGGAAUUGAAAUUGCUGUUACCGAACUGUGUGGAGGACCCAGUGACUCCGAUCAUCCUACGCUUCAACUUCUCUCUGGUGGGACAGCCCAUUGCCUCAUCUGGGAACCUCCGACCUGUUCUAGCCAUAAAUGCUCCAAGGCUCUUCCAUGAAGCUUUUCCCUUUGAGAAGAAUUGUGGCAAUGAUAGUAUCUGUCAAGAUGAUCUUAGUAUCACCUUUAGCUUCCUGAGCUUACAGACCUUGGUGGUGGGAAGCCUCCAAGAUCUAAAUGUGAUGGUGACUGUGAAGAAUGAGGGUGAAGAUUCCUAUGGGACCUUGGUGACUUUCUUAUAUCCCCCAGGACUGUCUUAUCGACGAGCAUCAAGGAUUCAGAAUCAGCCCCAGCAUCGUUCCAUGCCACUGACCUGUGAGUCAGGAACAGCUGAGAGUGAGAGUGUAAGAAGUAGCCACUGUAGUAUUAGUCACCCCAUCUUCCGGCAAGGAAGUGAGAUCAACUUUAAUGUAACAUUUGAUGUCUCCCCUAUGGCUUCCCUUGGAAACAAAAUGGUCUUCAAGGCAAAUGUGGUCAGUGAUAAUAAUGUACCCACUACCAACAAGACUUUCCUCCAGUUGGAGCUACCAGUGAAAUAUGCCAUCCACCCAGUGAUCAGCAGCCAUGAAGACUCUACAAAAUAUCUCAACUUCUCAGCCUCAGAAGAGAAGACCUACCAUGUUUUGAAGCACAAAUACCAAGUGAACAACCUAGGUCAAAGGAAUGUCCCCAUCAAAAUUGAUUUCUGGGUCCCAGUUGAGCUGAACAAGAAAAACAUUUGGGAGAAUGUUAAGGUCAUCCCCUCCCAGAAUUUCUCAUGUACUUCAGAAAGAAAAGCUCCCAAUCACUCUGACUUCCUGGCACAACUUCGUAAAACUUCAGUAGUGAAUUGCUCCAUUGCUGUCUGCCAGAGAACUCGCUGUGACAUCCCCAUCUUUAACAUUCAGGAAGAAUUUACCUUCACCAUCAUAGGUAACCUGAGCUUUGGCUGGGUCAAGCAGACUAAGCAUAACAAACUGUUGGUUAUAAGCUUGGCUGAAAUAACUUUUGACAAGUCCACAUACGACCUACUUCCAGGACAGAUGUUUCUGAGAGCCCAGGCAGAGACCAAAGUUGAACAAUAUGAAGUUUAUUCUCCUGUUCCCCUCAUUGUGGGCAGCAGUGUUGGGGGAUUGGUGCUCUUGGCACUCAUCACAGCUGGACUGUACAAGCUUGGAUUCUUCAAACGCCAAUACAAAGAUAUGAUGACUAAUCCUGGGGAAAGUGCACCUGACACAGCUGUUCUUGAAUAAGUGCUCCUUCUUUCACCUCCAGCCUCUUCUGAUAGAGACCAACAGACUUUUGUUAAACAAGUGUACCAGUUCUCUUCUUGCCCAGGGGGCAAACCUGUUGUUCUUUCUUUCAGAAGAAGGAAGUGAUUUUUUUUUUUCAUGUGCUUGUCCUCCCAAGGAGUAAAAUACCUCAGCUUAUCAUACAGGUCACCGAAUGAAUGGAUGCAUGAAAUACCUCUUGUCAGCAGUGUGUGCACAGUUAAAUAGGGUGUAUCUUUCUUAAGCAGAGGUGGCUGCAACUGGCAAAGCCUUCUGGCAGGAUAAGAAUUGUUUGGGGUUGACAUGUGUACAUCAAACCUGAAAUAGCAGAUUACUACCUGUUCUUUCCCUUGAGUGUAUUUCUGUCCUUGGAUAUGGACAUGGCAUGGCAAAGUGGGGUAAGGAAGGGGCAUCUACUCUUUGUUCUAAUUUGAAAUAAAGAGAAG